UUUAACAGCUCAUAAUAAUAACAUAUAAUGAAUCGAGAUGUUGAAGCAUCGAAGCUGUUUUUGGAGUCUGAGAGAGAAAGUACUAGACAAGCAACGACGAGGUCGUCAGGAGAAGCUGGAAGAUCAACAAGCCCCGUACAGGAUUUAAUAAAAUGUUUUUGUGGGACUUGUGAUACAUGGUUUAAACGUCAAAUUAUUGAGUUUGCAUUAAAAUCAAAUGGUGAAGCGAUCCUCAGAGAUGGUGAUUCAAGGCUUUUACUUAAGAAAUUUAUGAUUUAUCGGAAAAAUAACUCUAAUUUCAAAACGCAAUUGGAAGAAAUAGUCGAAUGCUUUGAAUUAGCACAAGAUGUAUUGAACGGUGAAAAGGAUUUAGAAGAAAAUCGUGCUGACUUAGAUGAUGCUUGUUACACAGAAUAUUGGGAAGACUAUCUCACUCGAGCAAUUGAUGAUGGUACAACAGACGACUUUUUUCACGACCUAAUUCGCGAAUCAUCGAUUAGGCUUGAAAAUAGCGCAGAAUAUUCGAUAUUUAAGGAUGAACUAAAGAAGAAGCUUAGCCUAAAGCAGUAAUAAAAUAAAUCACAGAGCAUCACAAAAUGUC